ACCCUCCUCCUCCUCCUCCUGUUCUCUUCCAGCCAUCGACGAAAACUUCAAAGCCGAUUUCAACAGCCGUUUACGACCGUCGGAUUAAUGUUUUAACACCGGGCGAUGCUGUGAAGCUACGCCGGCAUGUGAAGCCUUUUCAGCGGCUGAAUCUCGAGACGUUCGCGGGGAGAUGAGUUCAUAAACCAACGGUAGACCACUAGAGCUCCUCCGUUCUCCUGCUAGUUGAAGUGUGCCUGUUCGACUCCGUCAUGGCUCGCGGUUGCAUCUGCUGCGUUAAAUACAUGCUCUUCCUCUUCAACCUGCUCUUCUGGCUGGGUGGGUGUGGAUUGUUGGGUGUGGGCGUGUGGUUGUCGGUGUCUCAGGGCAGCUUCGCCACCUUGUCACCCUCCUUCCCGUCGCUCUCCGCCGCCAACCUCAUCAUCAGCCUCGGCACUAUCGUAAUGGUGACGGGAUUCCUGGGUUGCCUGGGCGCCAUCAAGGAGAACAAGUGCCUUCUGCUGAGUUUUUUCAUCGUUCUGUUGAUCAUCCUCUUGGCCGAACUCAUCCUCCUCAUCCUGUUCUUUGUCUACACCGACAAGGUGAGCGAAAAUGCCAGACGGGACCUGAAAGAAGGACUGGUGCUGUACAAUACAGACAACAACGCCGGGCUGAGGGAUGCAUGGAAUGCCAUACAGGGAGAGUGGCGAUGCUGUGGCGUGAUCAACCACAAUGACUGGUACACAGCCCUGCAUGACAACGUGGUUCCUGACCGCUGCUGCCAGCAGGUUUUCCCGGGAUGUGGACGCAACUCCUCCAAUACCUUCUGGACACGGGGUUGCUAUGAGAAGGUAGAGGAGUGGCUGGAUGACAACAAACACCUUCUGGGAACCAUUGCCAUGUGUGUAUUGGUAAUACAGCUCCUUGGGAUGGCUUUCUCAAUGACGCUGUACCAACAGAUCCACCGAGCGGGGAAGAAGUAUGAAGCCUGACGGGGUUAACGCAGUCAUUUAUCAUUUCAAACUGGUUACAUGAAAUACAUCACUUAGUUUAUUGUAAAUAAAAUAAGCCAGAUAUCAUGUGUGCCACUACAGCCUUUUAUCUCAGUUUUUAUUUUUCCAUCUAUUGAACUAGUUUUUAUUAGUCAGCUUUUGAAAAACAUCAAUGUAAUGCAUGUUAUAUAAAAUAUUUGUGUUUUGUCAUUGACAAGCGGAAGAGUGAGGAAGAUAUUUCUGGGGUUGUUAAAAGCCAUGUCUGUGUACUAAUGUGUAAUGUAUGGAUCCAUUUAGAAAACAACAUUGUGUACUAACAUAUUCAAUAAAAGCACUCUUCACAAAUGUGA